AUGGAAUCUGAAGAGGCGCACAAAGCGCUCGGUCUCGCACAGAAGCACGUCAGCGAUGGGAAUACAGCGGCGGCACUCAAGUGGGCGCGGAAAUCGGUUUCUAUCCACGCAACGCCCGAGGCCACUGCGCUCGUUGCAAAGCUGGAGAAGCAAGGCGUGAGCAGCAACGGCGGAAAGCAGGAAACGACCACGACAUUCACGUCAAGCACAACGAGCACGACAAAAACGAACAGUCAGGGCAAUCAGACACAAUACACACAGCAGCAGAUGGAAAUUGUGCGCCGAGUCAAGUCUGCAGGCGGCGAUUUCUAUCGUGUGCUGAGCCUUGAAAAGACGGCCGAGGAGCAUGAAGUGAAAAAGUCAUACAAAAAGCUGGCAUUACAGCUGCAUCCCGAUAAGAAUUCCGCACCUGGCGCAGAUGAGGCUUUUAAGAUUGUUUCGAAAGCCUUUACGGUCCUGUCCGACAAGGACAAACGCGGCGCGUAUGACCGCUUUGGCGGCGAUCCUGAUAGCCGGUAUGGCGCGAACGCCGCAUCUAGCGCUACGAAUCCGUUUGCAGGAUUUGGAGGUGGCGCGCGUAUGCGUCCAGGGAUGGGCGCAGAGAUUGAUCCGCAAGACUUGUUCAACAUGUUUUUCGGUGGCGGCACGGCAGGGGAUGGAUUUGGCGGACCAAUGUUCUCCUUUGGUGGCGGGCCGGGAUUUCGCACACAGUACUAUCGCCCCGGUGCACGUCCACGCGCAGCUGGGCAACGUCAACAGGCCGCUGGGAACCAAACCGGGAUGUGGUUCCAGCUGCUACCGGUUCUUAUUCUUCUUGCCUUUUCUCUCCUUUCCUACCUACCAGCUUUGUUUACGACCCCAGACCCUGAAUUCCGCUGGAAGUCUACGAGUCUUUACCGUGCACAUCGCACCACGUUUGACCGCGGUGUCUCGUACUAUGUGGACCCUGUUUCCUUUGCGCGUCAUCCAUUUGUCACCUCGAGCAGCUCAUCGUCUCGUAAAGGCGGUGUAUUGCAUCGCUUUUCGAAAGAAAAUAGCAGCCCAGAAUUGCUCCGGUUUGAAACUCGUGUUGAAGAGUCGUGGAUGAAGGAGCUUUAUCGCCAGUGUGAGAACGCACAAGAAUACAAACGCCGACGUAUUCUCGAUGCGCAUGGUUUCUUUGGCUUUGGUGGCGAUCGCCAAAAGAUUGCCAAGAUUCAGGCUGAAAAGUACGAGAGUUGCGAGCAGCUAGCGCGGCUCUACCAUAUCCGUAUCUAA